ACCCUGACGCUCCAAGCCGCAAAAACCCAAAGUUUAGAGAGUGGCACCACUGGAUGGUUGGCAACAUUCCUGGAUGUGACGUCCACCAGGGAGAAACACUGAGCGAGUACGUGGGCAGUGGCCCACCAGAAGGAACAGGCUUGCAUCGCUACGUGUUCAUGGUGUACGAGCAACCCGGCCAAGUCACGUUCAAGUGGAAGAAACUUUACAGGUCGGCCGAGGGCAGAGCCUCAUUCAAGACAAAGGAGUUUGCUGCUAGCCACAACUUGGAUGGCCCUGUUGCCUGCAACAUGUACCAGGCUCAGUAUGAUGAAUAUGUGCCUAAACUCUAUGAGCAACUGAGUGGAAAGUAAGUUACUGCAUAAUGGCUCCAUCUAUCGGGCGUAAAGACGGCUGCUGUUCAAUUGGAAAAGCUGGUGAGAAGUAUUUGUAUGGUGAAAUAUAAUGUCGAGAGAAAUUAAAGUAGCACGGUUUUCUAGUAUUAGUAGUAGAGUGUUAAUUAUGAGUAUCCUUAAGCAUAUAGUUUACUAGUUUCUGCUUGUAGCGUAAUGGUAAACAGUGGAUGUUUUUUAACAUUGGAUGUACAUAGGGCACUGGAAGGAGUACGACGGUAGAAUGGAAACGGUGUGGGUUUAUUAUUAUAUAAAUGCUACCUGUGAAAUAUCGAGAGCUUGUAAUUUGUCCAAGUGUUUAGAUUUACUGAAUCAGAAAAUUUAAAGAUUUAAUCAAAUUAAAAAUUCUUAUCUAUUUUCUUUAAACCAUUGAUAAUCUGGCUUUAAGGACUGACAAGUUUGAGCAUAUGCUAGUUUUGAUUAUGACUGGUUGCAAACAAUAAACAGAAGAGCAAUUAAUUGAAUA